AUGGGGAGCGGCAACGACAGCUCCCUCCAGGCGUUCAUCCUGGUGGGCUUCUCUGACCGGCCUCGACUGGAGAGGGUCCUGUUUGCCUCUGUCUUGGUCUUCUAUGUCCUGGCACUGGUGGGCAACACUGCUAUUGUCCUCUUGUCCCUCGCGGAUGCCAGGCUCCACACGCCCAUGUACUUCCUCCUUGGGAACCUGUCCUUCCUGGACCUCUGCUUCACCACCAGCAUUGUGCCCCAGCUGCUGUGGAACCUCUGGGGCCCAGACAAGACCAUCAGCUACCACGGCUGCGUGGCCCAGCUCUACAUCUACAUGGUGCUGGGCUCCACCGAGUGCGUCCUCCUGGCCGUCAUGUCCUACGACCGCCACGUGGCCGUCUGCCGGCCCCUGCACUACAUGGUGCUCAUGCACCCCCACCUCUGCCUGCAGCUGGUCGCUGUGGCCUGGGGCUGCGGCUUUCUGAAUGCCUUCGUCAUGUGUCCUCAGACCAUGCGGCUCUCACGCUGUGGGCGCCGCAGGGUGGACCACUUUCUCUGUGAGAUGCCGGCUCUCAUCGCCAUGUCCUGUGAGGACACCAUGCUGGUGGAAGCCUGUGCCUUUGCCCUGGGGGUGGCGCUUCUGCUGGUGCCCCUGUCCCUGAUCCUUGUCUCGUACGGCACGAUCACAGCUGCAGUGCUGAGGAUCAGGUCGACCGCGGGGCGCAGGAAGGCCUUCAGCACUUGCUCCUCCCACCUGCUGGUGGUCUCUCUAUUCUAUGGGACCAUCAUCUACAUGUACCUGCAGCCGGCCAACAGCUACUCACAGGACCAGGGCAAGUUCCUCACACUCUUCUACACGGUGGUCACACCCAGCGCCAACCCCCUCAUCUAUACCCUGAGGAACAAGGAUGUGAAGGGGGCAGUGGCCAGGCUCCUGGGCUGGGAGAAGGGGUCUGGGGAAGCUUAA